UAUAAAACAAUCCUAAUUUAUGUGGUACUUUUCAGACAUGCAGAGCGAAGGAACGUACCACUUGAAGAUAUUGGUGCCAAGUGUUGCAGCUGGUGCCAUUAUUGGUAAAGGUGGUGAAACCAUUGCUCAACUUCAGAAGGAUACCAGUGCACGAGUCAAGAUGUCCAAGGCCAAUGACUUUUAUCCAGGCACAACAGAACGUGUUUGUCUUAUAACGGGCAAUGUGGAUGCAAUAUGCACUGUGCUGUCAUUCAUUAUGGAGAAAAUCAAAGAGAAGCCUGACCCAAAUGCCAAGCCAGCAAUUGAUUUUGACAAUAAGAUGACUGCAGAAAGAGAGAAACAGAUUUCAAGAAGUGCUCGAUCCCCACAGGUGAAGAUUUUGGUCCCCAAUAGUACAGCGGGCAUGAUCAUUGGUAAGGGUGGCACUUACAUCAAGCAGAUCAAAGAAGAAAGUGGUGCUUAUGUUCAGAUCUCGCAAAAGGCAAAAGAUCAGUCUUUGGCUGAACGGUGUAUCACUGUCAUAUCCAAUGAUGUGGAAAACAGCAAGAAUGCAUGCUUGAUGAUCCUGGCAAAGAUUGUUGAGGAUCCCCAGAGUGGCACUUGUCUGAAUGUAAGCUAUGCUGACAUCACUGGCCCUGUUGCCAACCCCAAUCCUACAGGCUCACCUUUUGCCAAUUCCCCUGGAGGACAGAGUAUGCAGAAUGGGGGCUUGGGAGGCAUGAAUAAUCCACUGUCUGCUGUAAGUGGAUUAGGCAACCUUCUUGGAGGUGGCGUGAAUCUAACAUUGAAUUUGAGCUCUGCAUAUCCGAAUGGUGGUGCUGGAAAUCCUGUUGUUACUGCUCAGCUUCUGGAACAUGUGAGGUCCAUUCUCCGUUCAUCUGGUUUUGCUGAUCAGUCUAAUGCUGAGGUUUGCCAGGCCAUCAACACGUUAAUCAAUUAUGGUAUUAUUGGCUUAGGGCUGGGCUUGGGUAACCCCUCAGGUCAUCAGGGAGGUCACGGAGGCCAAGGUGGUCAAGGACAAGGCAAUAUGGGCGGUAAUCCCAUGUUAGGCAACAUGAAUAAUUCUAACAACCCUAAUGAAUCAUACCAUGGAUCAUCAAUGAGCAAUGGAAAUAAUGGCCCUUUUGGGCCCAUUGGCACUACAGUGGCAUCAGGUCUGAACUUAGGACAAGGCUUAGGUGGUCCAACUUCUCCUCAACGCCAAGUGGACCGUUUUAAUUCAGAACCGCCAUUUGAUCCAUUUCGUCGGCAGUCUUCAGAAAUGGGUGGAAGUUUACCCCUGAAUAGCAACUCAUUUGGGCUUGGGACUCCUUUAAGGAAGAGCCCAUCCCCUGGCGAACUUCCUCCAGGAGCUCCAGAUGGUAGCAAGAAGGUUGAGGUGGAAGUUGGUGAGCACAUUGUGGGCGCUAUCCUGGGUCCUGGGGGAAAGUCUUUGGUAGAGAUCCAGCAUAUCUCCGGCACCACAAUUCAGAUCUCCAAGAAGGGUAACUAUGCUCCUGGUACUCGUAACCGCAUUGUCACCAUCACAGGUCUACCUUCAGGCAUCUCAACAGCGCAAUUUCUCAUUGAACAGCGCAUUUCUGAGGAAGAGGGCAAGCGUGCUCGCCAUAAUGCCAUCAUGGGGGUCAUGCCUUAAAUCACCUGAGCUUCAUCUCCACCUCACCCAUAACCGAACAGACCCUUUUAGGGGCUUGAAAAAAAAAUCGCACACACCAUUGCCUCUUGCCUAAUUAGUUCAAUUUUAGUGAUUGUUAAUGUUUGGCGAGUCUUUUAUAUAAAUAUUUUCAUAAAUUUCAAGCUCCACCAUCUGUCAUCAAAUUCAGGUGCUUUUCAGUAAUCCAUGUAGGAUCUACAUACAGUACAUCCAUUAAAUUAUACUGUAUAACAUAAUUUGAAAAUUGUUUUUAACUGACAAGCACCUUGCACUUCCUGGUUAGGUCACAGCAAUUCACUGUUCUUUACUUUCUUCAAAACCUUGUGUGUUCAAAUGUCACCCCAUUCAUAAGGCAUAACCAUUACAGACUUCUCAUAAUUGGCCAUUUUAUUCUUUACAAUUUCCCCAGUCACCAACUACAGUUGUUUGUAAGCAUUUUGCACUUGUUUAGAAAACAACAACUGUAAGUAUAUGUUGUUCAUUGUUAAGAUAUUUAAUUUCUACAUAUUUGUUUGACGAGAAGUAGUCAACUUGAUUUUCUCCUUUUUUUUAUAGUUUUAAUUCAUUGUGCAAUUGUUUGUGCUGAGUUGAGCCCUCUUGUGGGUGUUGUCUGGGGCCAUAGCAUCCAUCACAGGUGGAGGAUAAGCUUGUCUGAAGCUGACCCUCAAUCCAAGUGUUAUUCGGCCAUGUUUUCAUUACCAGACCUGCUGAAGUGUGUGCUAAUAGUUUUUUAAUUUUAUUUAAAUUUAAUAUGCAGAUAUGUAACCUGUAUCUUUAAGAAUUAAUCUCAGUGAAAACUAUUUUCUACAAGAUAGUUUAAUAUUUUUUUUUUUUUUUUAUAAAUUUAGCUGUUAUUUAUUAAGCAGAUCUGGCUUUUGAAACCUUCAUAACCAUCUCUCUUCUGUCUUUGGUCAGAGAACAUGCUACAUGGCUAUUCAUAUCGAGAGGUAUGAACGUUGGCAUCUUGUAACUCAUGUUGAGUUUUAUAUGCUGCUACCAGGAUUUCUACUUGGACUAGCCUAUACUGGGGAGUUCAUGUGUUACUAUUCUCCACACACACAAAAAUAUUAAGUUUUAGUUAAUGAGAAAAGAAUAUUUCAGGUCCCUCUCAGUAAGAACAUUGUACCUGGGUGGGCAGUAGCUGGUGUUUGAAGCAAAGCUAAACAUAAGGGUGGGUAGGCAUUCCAGGCCAUAUGUCAGCCUACAUGUAAUAGUUGGAAUCACCCAAAUUAACUGGCUUAGUUUAAAAACUUUCAAUUUGAGUGUGUUGUGUGCAUGUAGGUUUUGUUUCCCUGGUAUAAAAUUUAACUUUUUUAUUUUAAAAUGGCAGUCAUAGUUCCCCUAUUGUUAAGUUUAGAAUUAUAAAUUAGAUUAUUACAGACGUUUCUCUGAACCAGGGGAUAGGCAGAAACAUUUAAUCAUGCAUCUUUCUUCAUUAAUAUCAUUGCUCUACAAACCAUGUAAAAAAUUGGCAAUAAAUGUGUAUCCAUGA